AUGGCCACGCUCAGUGUUCUUACCUUUGAUCUGGAGGACCGCCCGAUAGAGUUCGACACUUGGCUCGACGACUUACAGCUGUAUCUACUGAGAGAUUCCAAGGACGGUUUUUCACUGUUAGACCUCACGUCUAGCGCCUCUCUCGCCCCUGCCGCCACAGCUGACAGUGUAGCUCGCUCACAGUGGCUUACUCGUGACGCUGCUGCUCGCCUAGCUGUUCGCAACCACUUGCCGUUAGCCGAACGCGCUCACUUCGGACAGCACAAGACUGCGAAAGCACUGUACGAUGCUGUAGUCGCUCGUUACUCCUCCCCGGCCAAUGUUGCUCUAGGCCAUCUUCUCCUGCCCUACCUGUUCCCCGAGCUGUCCGCCUUUGCCACAGUAGCCGGCCUUUGGAAGCCCUCCCCCCUGGUCCCCUCCGUCGCCUCUACUAGAGCUGUUGACUACUUUCGUGCUGAGGAGGUAGGAGCCGCGUCUGCCCCUAGUGGGAGGCGCCGCGGUGGCAGGGGCAGGGGAGGCAGGGGCGGUGCGGGUGGCAGAGGUGGAGGCAGUGGUGGGAGCAGUGGAGGCGGUGGAGGGGGCGGCGGUGGUGGAGGACGUGGUGGUGGGGGUGGAGGCGUAGGUGGCAGCGGUGGUGGCGGUGGUGGGUUUGGUGGCGGCGGUGGUGGUGGCGGCAGUGGGAGUGGAGGAGGCGACGGUGGUGGCGGCCGGGGUGGUACCAGCCAGAGGGGAGGCCUUGGUGCUGGUCAGCGGCAGCAGCAGCAGCGUCUUUCACCUCAGGAGCUACAUGAGUGGUUUGCGCAGCGUGGGGCGGCUGGGGGUAGCGGUCGCUGCCCGUAUGUCAUUCGCACAAUUGACCGCACUUGUCAGACAUGCGAAAAGCUCCACACCCAGCACCGCUGCUCCUCUCGCCUUGACGACGCCUUCCGCAUAGAGUUUCCAGACGCGACUGAGCUCCCCCGUUGGGCAGAGCUGCUUAGGCAGGGUGUGGAUAUCUUUGCUCUUAAUUAUGAUGCUAUCCUUGCUGCCAUGUAUGCAUUGACUUUUAGUGCUGAGGGUGACUGUUACCUGUGUAUGUCGCUAGGCCCAGGUAUAGAGGCUGUUUCUCUAGGUGCUAGUGAGUCUGCUGCUUCGGGUGAUGGCGAGUCUGCUCUCUCUGGUACUGCGUUUGCUGCGGCCUUGCACACAUUCACACUUGACUCAGUCCUUCCACGUUCCUCCACUGUUCUGCCGUGUCCGGCGGUUCCAUCUGGCUUGCUCAGAUCUCUAACUCCCCUCCCGCCCUCGCCUGCCCCUCCCAGACUUUCCUGUGUCAAGGGGUGGCAGUGUGCCGCUCCUCACUCCUCCUCGUUUCCUCUGACGAUUGCUCCCCUGCAGACUCUUCACAUGGACGUAUGGGGCCCAGCCCGCGUCCAUGGACAGGGCUGCGAUCGGUACUUUCUGCUGGUUGUUGAUGACUACUCGCGUUACACCACGGUCUUCCCCUUGUGCAGCAAGGGUGAGGUCCCUGAUGUUUUGAUCCCUUGGAUCCGCGCUGUCCGUCUCCAGCUCCGCGAGCGGUUCGACUCGGACCUUCCUGUCCUGCGUCUGCACUCUGACAGAGGUGGUGAGUUCUCCUCCAACCUCUUGCGGGACUUUUGUCGUGGGGAGGGCAUUCGCCAGAAGUUCACGCUUCCGGCCUCUCCGCAGCAGAAUGGGGUUGCUGAGCGCCGCAUUGGCUUAUUCAUGGAGAGACCUCGCCGAUUGCGUUGGACGGGAGAGGUUGGCGAUGCGUCGGUGUUCCGGGUCUGGAGAUCUCGUGCCUUUGUCCGCGAAACUUCCGCGGACAAGCUCUCCUCCCGCGCCAUUCCCUGUGUCUUCCUUGGCUUUCCCCCUGACGCGCCUGGCUCGCAGUUUUACCACCCCACCUUGCGCCGUGUCCUCCCCUCUCAGGACGUCACGUUUGACGAGUCGGUUCCCUUUUACAGUGUGUCCCAGGUAGACCCUGUCGAGCCUGUCGAGGUAGCUGUUGACUCUGGUGCUGCUAGGGGUGCUGCGCCUAAGGGUGCUGAGCCUGGGGUUGCUGCGUCUGAGGGUGUGGAGCCUGGGGGUGCUGAGCCUGAGCAUGCGGAGCCUGGGGGUGCGAAGCCUGGGGUUGCUGAGCCUGAGUGUGCGGAGCCUGGGGGUGCUGAGCCUAGGGGUGCUGAGCCUGAGCGUGAUGAGCCUGGAGGUACUUUGUUUACUAGAGGUCCUCCGGGUGUCUCGUCACGGCGGGAGCCUCUCUCCAGUGCAGCUGCGCGAAUGGUUUUCUCGGCGCUGGAGCCUCCGUAG